CUCGUCUGUUCAGUUAUUAUUGCGUGUCCGAGAAAACGUUCUAACAUGUCUGGUCGUGGCAAAGGAGGCAAAGGUCUAGGAAAAGGAGGAGCCAAGCGUCACCGAAAGAUUCUUCGUGACAACAUCCAAGGCAUCACCAAGCCAGCUAUUCGUCGUCUUGCUCGCCGUGGCGGUGUCAAGCGAAUCUCUGGCCUGAUCUACGAAGAGACUCGUGGUGUUCUCAAAGUUUUCCUCGAGAAUGUGAUCCGUGAUGCUGUGACCUACACCGAGCACGCCAAACGCAAGACUGUGACGGCCAUGGAUGUGGUGUACGCUCUGAAACGCCAAGGACGUACUCUGUACGGUUUUGGCGGUUAGAUCUUUGCGCCUCACACUCAAACAGACGGCUCUUUUAGGAGCCACCAAAUCUCUAAAAGUCAUAACCAAUAAAGUGUUUUCUUUAUCAUAAUAUAAACCUCUCGUUAGUUUGGGCACUGAAGAAAGUGUUACAGCGGUAGAAGAAUGUACGUUAAAUUUUGGAAUAUAAGUAACUUUCAGAAAUUAUACUACUACAUGAGAAAUUUCUGCAAUUUGAUUGGCUUAGAGCAGUGGUAUUUCAGCUUAAUUUGAAAUACCUACAUGUGAAAAUUACAAACCUUUUGCAGGUAGUAGUAUAAACAAAUAAUAGCAUGAUUUGAACGUGAUAUUUGGCAUAAAUACCACUCGUGAUAUUUCAAAAUUGUCUCAAAUUUCACUUGCCUGACGGCUCGUGAAAUUACGUGUAACAAUUUUGAAAUAUCACUUGUGGUAUUUAUGCCAAAUAUCACUACAAAUCAUGCUAUUACCUAUACUAAUCGCUUUUAUUCUUUUCUAAUUUCGCUGUCGAGUUUCUAAGGAUCAUUACUUCUUUCCUGAAAGCAAACAAGUGCAGGCCGUUAUAAUUUAACUUGCGCGCGUCGGUAACGGUUGACUUCACCGAAACUAUGAGAGUGAAAACAAAUGUUCAGUAACGUUAACCUUAUCACAUUAACAUUAUCAUCCACCAAUAUUCGAAGUUCUUUUAGUCUAGCCAUCUGUCACUGAUCUUAUAGUUUGCCCAACUUCUACUCGUUUUAAAUAUGUGACCUCGACCCGUCGUUUUGUACCCUGCGAACAGCUCCUUCGAUCGAAGCGACUGCUAGCAGGGUAGUCGUUUUGUAAAAUUUAUGCAUAGCCGAAACUACAAGUGAUGGCCAGUUUUAACGUAAGAAUUUAGUGUAAAGAAUGAAAGAUCGGUGCAUGUCUAGGGCUUUCUUGCUGGCUUCAUCAACUUAUUUGAAGUAGGGAGUAUCUAUCUACUUAGUUCAUAUAUAGUUCUCUUUAUGGUCAAGACUUCAGUAAUAUGUGGUGGCUCCUAAAAGAGCCGUUUGUUUUUGAAAUCAGGAAAGAAGUGUUUAAGCUUUCGCCUUCUUCUCAGUCUUCUUGGGAAGGAGAACAGCCUGGAUGUUGGGAAGAACACCACCUUGCGCGAUGGUGACGCCGGCGAGCAGUUUGUUCAACUCUUCGUCGUUGCGGACAGCAAGCUGAAGGUGACGGGGAAUGAUUCUAGUCUUCUUGUUGUCACGAGCAGCGUUGCCCGCCAACUCAAGGAUCUCAGCGCUUAAAUACUCAAGCACUGCAGCCAAGUAGACUGGAGCACCAGCGCCAACACGCUCAGCAUAGUUGCCUUUGCGAAGAAGACGGUGGAUACGUCCGACAGGGAACUGAAGUCCUGCUCGGGAUGAUCGGCUUUUGGACUUGGUGCCCUUUGCCUUUCCUUUACCGCGACCAGACAUGUUUUCCAAUCAAGAGUUGAGCUCGAAUGUGCACGAGUGAAUAAACCCUGAGCUAAAAACUUUAGAGGUUAUACGCGCGGCAAAUUUUGAAUAGGAUCGAAACGCACCAAUCACGCUUUAAAAAUUUUAAGUGUUUAAUGAAAUGUGAUGAUGUAUGCGAGCAUAUUGACCUUGAAGUAGAGUGACCAAUUAAGACUUAAGGAUUUCGAUCCGCAUGUUAAUUGAUCCCCUAGUGAUUUUGUUAUAGAUACAAUCUGUGUUCACCUAGGGCAUUCACUUCCAUUCUGAUCGACAGAUAUGGCACCCAAAGUUGCAGGAAAGAAAGGCGAAAAGAGAGCUGGAAAGGCAAAGGCUCCAUCUGAUGGAAAGAAGAAGAGGAGGGGAAAGAGAAAGGAAAGCUAUGCCAUCUACAUCUACAAGGUGUUGAAACAAGUUCACCCUGACACUGGUAUCUCCAGCAAAGCCAUGGGCAUCAUGAACUCGUUCGUGAACGACAUCUUCGAGCGCAUCGCCACCGAAGCUUCCCGCCUUGCCCACUACAACAAAAAAUCAACCAUCAGUUCUCGCGAGAUCCAGACCGCCAUAAGGCUGCUUCUGCCCGGUGAACUGGCCAAACACGCUGUCAGUGAAGGAACCAAGGCUGUGACCAAGUACACCAGCAGCAAGUAAACUCACUUUGUGGGUUUACCGCUAAAUCAAAACGGCUCUUUUAGGAGCCACCAAAUGUCAUAAAAAUCAUGACCAAUUUCAAUGAUAUUUCAUCCCCUAUUUUCAAACUCCUUAAAAAGCCUAGUGAUACAGUAGAAGCUCGAACGCGGAUAACUCGGGGUCGAAUUCCGCUAUAACGCGAACUAAAUUUCUUUUCCCUUGAUCAAAAUGUUACUGAAAUUUAUCACGAUAACUCGAACUCUUUGUCGUUUCCCUUCAGGGGUUCUGCUGCAUUUAUGAUUUCGCCGCCAAAGAGAACCGCUCGUUGUUUCUUACGUAUAUUGAUUUUGCAAUCAAGUGGAACCUCUUUCUGUCAAGGGGUAGAUCCAGCGGCUACGAAGGCUGUUGUUUGAGUGGUUGGGUAUAUUGGGUAUAUUGGGUAUAUUGGGUAUUCUGCAAUUAAGCCGAAAUAAGACAUCAUGAAAGCUCUCCAUUCGGGUGACACGUAGGUUGUGAACUGUCUCUUAUUUUCACAAUUGAUCGAGAGUGUGAGGUAACUUGCUACUAGUUUGUCUGCCACACAGCCGUUUUUAGUGUCCUCAAGCAACGUUGCGUGACGACACUAAAAAGAUCUAAAAACGGCUUUGUAGCAGACCAGCUACAACUACCUCUAGUUUUCAUGUUUCCAUCCUCAGCACCGGGGCAUCAUUGGCGCGCUCCGAUCAUUUUUAUGAUCUUUAGGCGGCAGGGGAGGGGGGUGGGUAACCUCGGGAACAUACGCGCGCGGGCAUGGGCGUGUGCGUGCGCGUGCAUGAUGGGGGGAUCGAGAAAUGAACUUGGUAGAUUAUCUCUAAAGUUACAAAUAACAAUGAACAUUUUCAAGUUUUGAAUUCACCGUGAAAAUCAACCCCCUGACAGCAUCGCUAAACUCUGCUUAAACAUAUCGGAUAAAAUGGCCGAAGAAAAUAAAUCAGGUCUAAUAAAUAAAAUAAAUCUUUUGAGUACACAACUUAAUAUUCAUCAACAGUCAGUUAACUUUAAAAACCCUUCUACUUUCCUAUCCAAAGCUGAGAAUAAUUUGUCAAAACAUCUGAAAAACCACCAGCUAAAUUUGAUAGGAACAAAUAAAAAACUAAAAUUCUACUCCAUCUUUAAAAAUGAAACAAAUCACUCUGAAUUCAUCAAUCAUAUCCGGAAUCGUGAACAUAGGCGCGUAGCUUCCAAAUUUAGGAUAGGAAAUCAUCAUUUAAAAAUAGAAACUGGAAGAUUUACAAUCCCCAAAACUCUUAAGACCUUAGAAUCUGUGAUCACGGCAACCAAAAUUCGGUUGAAAAUGAACUGCACAUAUUAUUUCACUGUGAUCAAUACAAUGAUUUGAGAAAGACUCUUUUUAUUAAAAUCAACGACCGAAAUACAUUUAACAUUUACAAAUUACAGUCAUAUCCAUGAUAAAGUCUGUUUUCUUUUUAACAAUACUGUUUCACAUAUCAGCAGGCUAGCUGCUGAUUUCAUCUUUCAAGCAUUUGAAAGACGAAAGAAACAUAGUUAAUUCUACCGUUGCAUCAUAUCUGCAUUUCCUUAAACUUAGCUGUUUAUUAUUGUUAUUUUAAUCGGUAACACCUGUACAAAAUGGUAAUACUGAAUAAACUUGUUGUUGUUGGAUUGCUUUUGUAUUUUCGUAGCAGGAUCCCCGGGGGAAGACCCACGGGAUCUGUAAAUACUAUAAAUAUUUAUAAUAUGAAGAAAAUUAAUUAUGGCAAAUAGAACUCUUUUGAAAUAUUGCACCUUUUGACUUGGCAGAGCACACUUCUUUGCCCCCAGGAGAGGGGCGUUAGUAGUUUUUGGUUAAACAAUCUUGGUUUUGGGUCACCCACCCCCUCGGGAUGGUCGCUGAUUAGUGCAUAACACUGUACUAGAGUAUUUUCUCACAGUGAAGAAGGGUCAUAAACCCGAAACGUUUGUGUUUUUCGAAAACAUUUGACACUCUUUGAUAAUUCUCUACCGAGUAUCACCUUAUUAGCUACAAGUCGUCCUCACGAGUUUCUUAACGAGCGUCGCGGAGCGAUCGAUCGUUUGAAAGCGCGGAGUAGGCAUAUUUCUUAGCAGAGGAGGAAACAAAAAAAAAGUAAAAUAAAAAACGGAAUAGAAAGAAACAAAGAAACAAAGAAAGCGGCAAACACAGCAAGUUUUUCGGACGGGAAAACCCCCGGGCUAGGAAAAAAAACCCCGCAGGGGAAGUCCCCUGCGGGAAAAAACCCAGGCAAGCGAAACCACUUCUGAUUCGCUGAUGUUGAGAUCCAAGAUGGCUGACGCUUACAUAUUUGUUUGUUUUGCGUCUCAUCUUUUUUCAGUGCAUUGCCAACAGUCAUAAACGAACAGCGAGCGAAAACCACCAUGGCCAGCCAUCCAGAAAUCGAAGGAAAGAAUCUAUUUUCAUUUGGUUUGAUCACUGAUAUACAGUACGCCGAUCUCGACGACCGGCAGAAUUAUCACAAAACAAAAUGGCGGCGUUAUCGAAACGCUUUGAGUUGUUUGCAGAAAGCAGUUGCACACUGGAAAACGGAAGAGCAUUUGCCGAUGUUUAUAAUACAGCUCGGCGAUAUAAUCGAUGGCUUUAAUUCUGCGAUAGUUGAUGCAGAUGAUAAUAAAAGAAAUUUUUCUCGAGAAGCGUUGGAAGCUGUCAUGAAAGAAUUUUCUCAACUGCCCUCUAAGAUGCCUGUUCUACAUAACGUUGGAAAUCAUGAGCUUUAUAAUUUUUCGCGCGACGAGCUCGAAAGAUCUGCCCUUCAUCCGGGUAACUCAUGCCUUGAGCUAAAUGAGAGCUUUCCUGAGAGUGGAUAUAAUAAGAAACCAUUUUACUUCUCGUUCACACCACAUCCAAAGUUCUCCUUUAUCUAUCUGGAUAGCUAUGACAUCAGUAUUCUUGGUGUGGACGAAAGCUCCCAGCAGUAUGAAGAUGGUAUCAGCCUACUGCGCAAAUACAACAAAAAUGAUGACCUCCACAGCCCUGUUGGCCUUCACGGACUAGAAAAGCGCUUUGUCAAAUUCAACGGUUCUCUCAGCAAAGAGCAGUUGUCAUGGCUUCACACUGUCCUUACACAAGCAGAAGCAAAUAAGCAGAAAGCUGUGAUAUUUAGCCAUGUUCCCUUCAACCCAGAAGUUGGGGAUCCAGUCACGCUUUUGUGGAAUUAUCAGGAUGUGCUUGAUGUGUUGCAGCAGUUUAAUUGCGUCGUCGCCUGCUUUCAUGGCCACACCCAUGUAUGGGACUAUGCAGUUGAUGACAAAGGCGUCCACUACUGUGUUUUUGAUGGUGUAGUAGAAGCCCCUCUGGAUUCCAAUGCAUUUGCCACACUGCAUGUUAAAGAUGACUCUAUUGCCAUUGAAGGAUUUGGUGUUGUGCCAAGUCGAGUGUUGAAAUUUCACAAGUGA